AUGCCCAAAGGAAAGGAAGCUAAAGGGACUAAGGUCACCCUCAGGGCCGCCAAAAAGGCGAUACGGAUGACACCAGAUGGACGACGCAGACUGACCCUUAGCAACAUGGGUAUAACCAUCUUCCCAAAGUGUCUCCUCAAGCUGACCAACGUAGAUGAGUUGGACCUCAGCCGCAACCUGAUAAGGAAACUCCCAGACAACUUUGGGAACUUCUCAUCACUCAGAUGGCUUGAUCUGCACAGCAACAAACUGGAGUCUGUGCCAGAGUCAAUCGGCGACCUGGUGGCGCUGACUCACCUCAACCUCUCUAACAACUUCCUAACCUCGGCAGGUUUACCCUCCACUCUGGGUUCUCUCACCAGUCUGACGUGUCUCAAUCUGGGGAUGAACAAGCUGGACACCCUACCUCCCACUAUGGCGGCUCUAGAGAGUCUCCAAGAGUUAGGCCUGUUUGACAACCUCUUCAUCAACCUACCAGACUUUCUGCAGGUCCUAAAACACCUCACCAAAUUGAACAUGAAACGAAAUCCUCUAUCGUAUGUUCAGAAGGAUGGUGAGGAGACGCUACAGAGAAAAACUGAACGAGAGGAAGAAGUGCACCUAGUAUCUGAGAACAAGCUGUGCAGGCCAUGCUUAAGAAGAUGUAAAGACCAGAGGAAAAGGCUUACUGGCUUACUUGUAUCAGCCCAACUGGCUGAUACAUUGUAUCAUGAUAUGAUUGAGGAGAAAAGGAUAAGGACUUAUGCAGGACUGAUGGUGCCAAACUCAGUAGCUGCAGUCAAUCAGGAUGUGUGGAGAAUCAGAGCGGUGGAGCAAGAGACAAUUAAAGGACACAAAGAACUGUUGCAAUAA